AUGUUGCCUCAUUAUCAUGACCUCCUCGCUGCACUGAUCCAGAGUAUUAAGCACUUGUCGGAGACGAACGGUGGCUCUUCUGAGCAAGAUGUCCGACGCUUGUUGAAUGAUGGUGGCUGGCAACUGACCGGUUCACCGUUCCGGGCAUGUCAGCACGACGAUCACGGGUCAUGCUGGAAUCAGCCUGAGUACUUACAACAAAUUACGCCAAUUCGAUCCAACAGGAAUAAUGAAAGUUCGUCUCUUCAUGAUCAUGUCAACAGUGCUGUUGUGUUUGGUGGACCAUUGAAAGAUCCAUGGUUUUCAUUAUUCAGUCCAGUCUCGGGGCAGUAUCAAAAUGGUCAGGACACAAUCUCUGUGUAG